CCUAGCCAGAUGAUAAGGCCAAGUGGGACAAAGUACUGGGCUAUUUAGAGGUGUUGAGCAAGGCCUGGAUGGAGGAGCGCCAGGCAAGCUUGAGCCAGGAUGUAGCAUUGAGUGUCAUGCGGUCCGGGUUUAGGGAUUUUGCGCGCGAAAUCGUCACCCACAUUGGGGGCGAAGUCAAACAGUUGAGGGACAAUGUAGGGAAGUUUUGUGAGGGCGCCAUUAAGGGUGCCAAAGCUGCAGCCGUUGUAGAAGGAGAGGGCAAACCCCGUAAGGACCCAGUGAAACUUAAGUUCUUAGACGCGUACGGGGGAAAGAAGGACGAGAACUUUGACAACUGGGAGGCCAGUGUCAAUAGUUACAUUUAUUUACAACAUAGCCUGAUGGAGGAGCAAGUCCUCGUGGCCUUCCAGGCCCUGAAGGACGAAGCGGCUAACUUCGCCAGGUCUCUCGCGCGUACAGCCGGUUGUGAAAACAACCUGGUUGCGUAUUCCAAAGUCACUCCUCUUUCCCAAUUCCUCAAGCUCCUCAAGGAGCGGUUCGCUGACCCAACGCGAGGCAUUAGAGCCUCUGAUAAGCUCCAAACGAUCCACUCUCGGCAGUGGAGGAGUGCUAAGGCACUCAAGGGUACUAUGGACGACUUGGUAGCCGUCCCGGACCACGGAGUCACUGUGCCCCAGCUGGUCCAGUUGUUUUAUUGUGCCAUUCCGGAGGCCCUACGCGGGCAUUUCUUUGACAAAUCUCAGCAGCCCGGCAUGACUUACGAUGCAUUGAGUACGGAAGUCGUCCUGUAUGAGUCGAAGUCUAUGCCAGUGACCACUUUCUGGCAUAAGGACUUAGAGAAGGGGAAGAAGUGGAAGAAUCGUACCAUCUCAGGCCAAGUAAUGGCCAAGGAUCACAUGAUCCUGACAUUAGAAGAAGGUGGUACCGAUGAGGUCCCAUAUGACCAGAUUGAGUGGGGCCUUGAAGAUGAUGGCAGUAAUGUGGGGCAAGGGAGGUCUUACGCUGCUGUCGCGACCGAAGGGAGGCCGCAAGGUAGAGGAGGAGGCCAGGGCCAAAGGGGCCAGGCCAUGGGAGGCCGAGGACCGGGCGCACAGGGGGGUGGCGGACAGGGAAAUCGCCAAGCGGGAGGUAGGGGUCAAGGUCCCCCGUUAAAUCGCCAGGGUAACCGGUCCCCACAGCGAGGAGGUGGAAGGGCACCUCAAGGGGGUUGGCACCCUGGCUUGCCACAGGGCAGGCCCUGGGAAGAUUUGGGCUUGGACCAGCGCGUAGGGCAGGAACGCGUGGACCGGGGUCAGUGCGUAUUUUGUGGUGACCCGGCCCACGUUAUCAAAUUUUGUCCAAAGUAUAGACAGGCCCGUUGGGCUGCUCAGCAGCCAAAAGGCAGCCGCCAGUAGGGGUCGCAACUGCCCCUACUUCCAGGCUAUGUGGAGAAGUGAGCACGCGCUAACAGGACAC